CGCGCUGCCGGUUUCCUAUUAACUGAUUGGCGCCUACGCUGUGAGUACCUUUUACAUGAUUGAGUAAAUGUCAUGUCCAUCAUCUUAAACUCGGCGCCUAUUGGCUCGAUGUCUUCGAGUAAAUAACGAUCGGUAUAAAGAGCGACGCUUUCUUCUGGUUUCAUCGAUAAUGUUAUAUUUGUCAGAAAGAGUUAAGUAAUUACGUUUUCAGUAAAAAAAAAAGUUAGAUUUGUAGGAUGGAUAUAGCUUCAGAGUGCCCGCUCUAGCGACUUAAUUCGCUAUCUCAUGGGCAAUUUGUGUCGCACUCGCGUUUGAGUCCAUGGUAACUUUCUUUUGUGGACAUGCCAAAUCGCAUCAGCUCGGAAAGCUGGUGGAUAAUGUGGUCUUCGUCUUUCUAACUUAUAUCACAGUGAGACCUAAGUAACCCAGUAAGCCAGACAUGCCAAUCCAGCCAUAUUCUUGAAUCAAAGAGCUUAGUUAAGACCUGGCAUAGACAGACUGAAACCAAUUGUACUGUGUAUCCUGUCUUGUGUGCUAUUCUGAUCUAUCUGUGGCAUUCAAAAGCUGUGAUGAAAUCCAGUGGUCCUCUGUUCGCAAGGCAAAAACCCUUCCAACCAGCAUCCAGAGUGGGGAAGGCACACUACCACCCAUCCUGCAACCAGGCCCUGUCAAAAACAAAGAAAAAAACAACUCUGAGUCCUGUACGUUCAAAGCGUCCAGAAAGGCAACAGCUGUCUGACAAACGUGACCACCAUUUUGCUGCUGCAAAUGUACAACCUGAUUUUUCAGAGUCCUGGCCCUCCACUGACUGUGGAUCUCCUCCUGCCAGCACUGCAACCUCAUCUGACAUGGAGACACCAAAACAGUCUUCAAGAGCAGGGAAAGCCUCAGUUUCCUUUGAGCUAGGAGUUCAGCAGGAUUCGGUGAUGGCAAAAUACAUAGAACGUUUUCGCCAUGGUCGACCACAGAGUCGAGAGGAGCGCCAGCAGAUGGCCUCUGCCUCUGGAGAGGAGCAGUUUCCUUUUUGGUGGACGUCACCCUCAUCUUUACCCCCCAGUUCAACGCCAAAUAAAACAGCAGACGAAGAUCAGGUCAUCCGGCCUCUGAGACGUGACCAUGUACUUGCUAUUUUCAGUCCAGCUGGACAGCGUCAACAUGACAGAUCCCCUUCCCCAUACAGAGAAUCUCCUAGUAUUUUGUCAGACACUUCUCAGGGUGAAUUUGAUGAUACAGAGAUACUACACCUUCAGGAGAGGGCCAGCAGACUUCUGCUGAGAGGAGAAUGCACUCUGAGUGAUGGAUCUAUCCCCGUCAGCUCAGCGGGCCUGGGGUCCUCAGAUUUCUCUUCUCCAGUCAGCGUAGAUGAGCCAGUGCGAAGACCUUUGAUUCCUAGUUUAGUAAAAUCCACUUCUGCGAAGGCGAGCUCAAACUCAGUUCAAGCUGUGUCCUCCAAAAAAUGUAUUAUUCCUUCCUCGGGGCCCCCCACACGCCCGGAAGAGGACAUCUUGUUCCAGUGGCGUUUAAGGAGGAAAAUGGAGCAGGCCAGGGAGUGGCCUCAGUCCCUGAGACACACCAGUCUUCAUCCCACUUCGAUCCAUCACACAACUGGUGGACAGGCCUAUAAGCAACAACAGAGCAUUCAACAUCCUGAAUUCUCACAAAAAGAUACUCAUCCCCACGUCAUUGCUCCCCAGCCAGAAGCCAAAGAAUCCCACAGACUGUGUCCCUCAGCUUCAGAUCCACCCCCCUCCCCUGCCUUUGUUGUCGCUGGCUCUUCUGCUUCUCAUCCCCAGGCUAUUGCCCAUGUUCCUGCACAUAUGCACCUACUCUGUGAUGUCUUGCCCUGUCCCAUCCAGUCAUCUCAUGCUAGCGCACAACAAAACAUUUCACAGAGGUUAGAUGAGACCAGAGCUGUCAGUGAAAAGACCAAGGUCCCUGGUAACCCAACAGAUAUCUUUACUGAUGAGCCUAUUCGUGAACAUGUGUUAUCCUCAACACGGGCUGAAUCUGGAGCCACAGAAGACGAGUGGGCUCUGCACAACAAAAGGUCUGAGAGUAACAGGAAAGAGAAAGCUCACACAAAAGAGUCAGAGAAGAAUGAGAAGAAGACAGCGGUGUCCAUCAGAAAGCAAAAGAAAUCAGCAAGAUAUACUGGGGACAAGGAACAUACUGAUGGCCCUAGCUCUACAAAGAGGAGUUCUUCACAUCAAAGACUUCCCAGAAAGGUCAUGCCAUUGGCAGAGCCACAGCAGCAGGAGGGAAGCCAGAAGUUUUCCAGUGAGAGCUGUGCCGGUGAUCUUGCACCAGCACCUUCUCCAGUCCACACAGCCUUAGGACAGGUAGUUUCAGAGGUAUUGUUCCCCACGGGGGAUUCACCACCUCCUCCGAAGUCCCCCGUCUCUUCAGUUUCUCCUCCUUGCGCUGCCUCCGCACCUCUACAAUCUCCAGUUCCUCCGUGUAAUACGCAAAACUCUUUGGAGGUCAUUUCACAGCUGCUGCAAGAGGCUGAAGAUUCAGAUGAAAAAGAGUUUGAAGAUGACCCUUUAUUACAAGUCCUUCGGAAACAGAGAAAAUGGGUGAAGGAGCAGAUCAGUGAAGUGGACUCUAAGUUGAAUGAAUUCUUGGACGAGCAAUGAGUGACUUGAACACUGACAAAAGGCACCUGAUGCAGUCACUUUUUUUAUUUUUAUAAAAGAAAUAAAGUUUAUUUGUACUUUGUUUUUGGAAGAAAUAUUUCCACAUUAAAGAAUUUGGAGAUA